AAAAAUUGUGCAGCGCGCUCUCUUGAUAUACAUAUUCUCGGUAUAACAGCUCUAUCUGCGUACUUCUCAGCUCUUCACUGUCAAAAUGAGGCCCCGUCGUCCCCAUAGACAGCAUACUAUUGUACCAAACCCGAACAGUGCCUUCAACAAGGCGAAAGCCGCUCGCAAGGCGAAGGCAGCUGCGAAGGCACAGGUUCCUUUCGACACACGAACCAAGAAGCAGAAGCUGGGGAAGGGCCAGGUCGCGCCUAUCGGGAGUAGCAGUGGAAAUGGAAGCAAUAGGAAUGGUGGGAAAGCUAUGCAAUUUUGCGAAAAGCUGGACCAAGUGUUACUAGUCGGUGAAGGCGAUCUUUCGUUUACAAAAGCACUGCUGAAGCCCCCUUUCGCGCAUCCUUCCGGAAGGAUAACAGCUACAGUGUACGACUCAAAGGAGGAUUUGCUGGCGAAAUAUCCAGAUACAGUGGAGGAGAACAUCAAGUUUAUAGAAGAGUCGACUGGCGCCGAGGCAGAGUCAGAUGCUGAAGACAAAGACAGCGAAUCUGACGAUUUUUCUGAUUUUUCUGAUUUUGAAAACGAUGGCGAAGAAUCCCAAGAUAAGUCCGGUGGCUUCAAAGAUGAAAAAGAGCCUGCGAAAAUUCUCUACAAUGUUGAUGCUACCGCUCUGUCGAAAACAAAGUAUCUGAGGAAGCGGAAAUUCGACUGCUGUGUGUUCAAUUUUCCUCAUACUGGUAGUGGGAUCACAGACCAAGAUCGCAAUAUCCGACAGAAUCAAGAACUUUUAGUUGGAUUUUUCAAAUCGGUAACCCCUCUACUCACACCCACUGGUGUCGUUGUAGUCACUCUCUUCGAGGGCCUCCCAUAUUCCCUGUGGAACCUCAAAGACAUUGCCAAAGCUCUUGAUUUCGAGCUCGUCCGCAGCGGAAGGUUUGUAUGGGAGGCAUAUGAAGGCUACACGCAUCGCCGGACAUCAGGCAUGGGCGACACGACCAAGAAAUUUGACCAGCGCGAGGCGAGGAUGUAUAUCUUCAAGAUCAGGGAUAAGAACGGUCCGUCGAAGAAGCAACAGCAGCUCGCCUCUCGGAAUAAGAAACUCGAGAGACUGAAGGGGAAGAAAAGAAAACGUAGCGGUCCGGAGAGUUCGGAUGACAGCUCAGACAGCGACUAGU